CAGGUAAAGUUCUGGAUGUCAUUGUUAUAUCACAGAGAACUUUGUAUCUAUAGUUCUAUACUGGUUACAAACUGGUUCUAUUUAGUUUAGAAAUGGACUGUAUUUCACUUAUAACUACUAUUACAACUUCAAAAGCGAAUUUGACAGUCAACUUAAGAAAAAUAUGGUCGAAGUGAAGAGCGCCAAAAUAAACUUGGGAAACUUUCAUUUUUUGGUCAAUUAACGAAUUUCAACAAUGUCUUCACCAAAAAAUAAAGCGGAAGAAAGUGGUCCUGAAUUAUCAGAGUUGAUCAACUGUCCUGUUUGUAACCGUGAAUUCGAAAAAGACGUUAUCCAAGAACAUGUUAACAAGUGUUUAUUUCUUAAUACUCAGCCUGAACCCAGUAGCUCUAAAAGAACAGGGUUUCAUUUACAAAGUCCUGUAUCACAAGAUAAACGAGUAAAAUUAAGCUCUGCUUCAUCAAAUACCUUAUCAAGGAAAGUCAAGGAACCUCAACCUUCGGGUUCUCACAUCAGAAGUAUUCCACAACCAUGUAAGGAAACUCCUCACGUAAAGGAAGCUAAGGGACCUCUGGCUGAACGAAUGAGACCAUUGAGUUUAGAUGAUAUGGUUGGUCAGAAGGAUGCUUUUGGCGCUAGAUCCAUGCUGCGGUCUAUGUUGGAACAAAAGAAAAUACCGAAUAUGAUUUUAUGGGGUCCACCUGGCUGUGGCAAGACAUCAUUAGCCAAUAUUGUGGCCAAUAUCUGCAAAGAGGACAAUAGUUUGAGGUUUGUGAAGUUAUCUGCUACCAUGGCUGGGAUAGGUGAUGUCAAGGAAGUGGUGAAAGUAGCAAAAAAUGAAUCUCAAUUCAAAAGACAGACGGUUUUGUUUAUGGAUGAAAUUCACAGGUUCAAUAAACUCCAACAAGACACUUUUCUUCCUCAUGUGGAGAAUGGAACCAUAAUCCUGAUAGGUGCUACAACAGAGAACCCAUCCUUUAGCCUCAACAAUGCUUUGUUGAGUCGGUGCAGAGUUGUUGUUAUGGAAAAGUUAUCAGUUGAUGAUGUCCUAGUCAUAUUAGAAAAGGCUCUUAAGAAAAGUAAGGCUUGCAUUGUGGAGUCAGGAAAGAUAAACAGACCCUUGGAGGAUCAUGAGAUACCUAGAUGCUUGGUAGAGCAAGCGUCGUUACGAUGGCUGGCGGAGAUUUGCGAUGGCGACGCGCGGGUGGCACUCGGGGCGCUCGAGCUGGCGCUCACGGCGAGAGACCCAGGCGACGUACUUGCUACCGGCCCCUCCGUGCUGUCACUUGAAGAUAUAAAAGAUGGCAUCAAGCGUUCUCAUAUGUUGUACGAUCGCAAAGGCGAAGAACAUUACAACACAAUUUCUGCAGUCCAGAAAUCCAUACGCGCCAGUGAUGAUAAUGCAGCAUUAUAUUGGAUAUCACGGGCUCUCCAUGGCGGGGAAGAUCCUUUAUAUAUCGCUCGUCGCCUCGUGCGAACUGCUUGUGAAGACAUCGGACUUGGCGAUCCAAAUGCAAUAGUCGAGGCAGUAGCGUGCUUUCAAGGUUGUCAACAAAUAGGUAUGCCCGAGUGUGACGUGUUAUUGGCACAAUGCGCUGUAAGACUUGCGCGGGCGCCGAAGAGUCGAGAGGUGCAUGAUGCUAUGAAAGAAUGUCAAAGGUCCUUAAAAGAAACUAAAGGGCCUCUGCCACCAGUGCCUAUACAUUUGCGAAAUGCUCCGACCAAACUGAUGAAACAAUUAGGUUACGGGAGAGGCUAUAACAUGUUAGAUAAAGAAGAAUCUGGAUUAUCAUAUAUGCCCGAUGGUAUGGAAGACAUCAACUUCUUUCAUGAUGCCGAUGAUAAUAGCAGAGGAUAAACUAUUCUUAAGGCGGAUAUACAUACGCAUGCCUCGCCAUGAGGUAAAAAAAAAAACCGGCGCAUGCUCAGGCCGAUUGACAUAUUAUACAAAUGAAAAUGAAGCAAGGCAUGUUCUCCUCCAUGUGUUAUCCGCCCAUCUAAUUCAAAAGUGGGUGAAAAUAAAAGAAAGGAAUUCUA